AUGGCGAAAAUUAAAUUCGACGGCGACGGAAAUAAGCAGGAGACAAACGGGAAGCGUGAGACGUCUCCGGUGAAAGGUUCUGCUCCGCCAUUUGCCUCAUCUGUCUCAUCUCCGUCGAAGAAGAAACGGAUUUACUUUGACGCAGAUGGCAUGGAUGAUGGUAUACGCGACAGUGCACGCGAUAGUAAUCAUUACUCCACUCAUGACUCCACCAAUUCCCCCCAUAAAGCUCGUCGGAAAGCGCACAAGAAGGUCGACAUUGAACAACGCAACCGAAUGCUCGAAAUAAGGAAACAGCUGCCUAUUUGGACAGGCCGUGAAGCGCUCAUCGAUGCUGUCCACAACAACGACAUCAUCGUCGUUCUCGGCGAGACUGGUUCUGGUAAAACAACGCAACUUCCUCAAUUUCUCCUUGAGAGUGGAAUUGGUAGUGGUCGUAAAAUAGCUGUCACUCAACCCCGUCGUGUCGCUGCCGUGUCCCUCGCUCACCGCGUUUCACAAGAAACAGGCACCCAACUAGGUAGUCUUGUCGGUUACAGUGUCAGAUUCGAUGAUAUGUCGUGGAAAGGCACGCGACUCAAGUACAUGACUGAUGGUAUGCUCAUGCGCGAGCUACUCUCAGAUGAGCUGCUGUCUCAAUACGGUGUGAUUGUUAUAGACGAAGCACACGAGCGCACCCUCCGCACUGAUCUUAUCAUCGGUACACUCAAGUCAAUAAUGCGUCGUCGUCACUCAGCUGCCCUGCCCCCACUCAAGGUGGUGGUGAUGAGUGCAACGCUGGAUGCAGACAAAUUUGCGCGGUUCUAUAACGCACCCGUGCUUUAUGUCAAAGGUCGUCAACAUCCAGUGAGGAUAUUUAAUGCUCGCGAGGAUAUACAAGAUUACGUUGAUGGAGCACUCAAGACGAUUUUUCAGAUACACCAGACCCAGCCGCUGCCCGGCGACAUACUGGUCUUCUUGCCUGGCCAGGAAGAAAUCAAUACGCUCGGAGCGUCUAUCAGUCUUAUCGCAGACGGCGCUCCCCUCAAGCAUGACAUAUCCAUUCUGCGUCUCUAUGCCUCUCUCUCGCCCGCGCAGCAGCAGAAAGUAUUCGUCAAUGCACCAGCAAACACGCGUAAAAUAAUCCUCGCUACCAAUGUAGCUGAGACAAGUAUUACAAUAGCGGGAGUCCGUCAUGUAAUAGAUUCCGGACUAGCACGCGAGCGUAAGUACUAUUCCUCGCACGGCGGUAUAGGAGUGGAUACGUUAUUUGUGAAACCAAUUUCUAAAUCGUCGGCUAUGCAGAGGGCAGGAAGAGCAGGACGUGAAUCCGCGGGUACGUGCUAUAGACUCUACACGGAAAGAACCUUCCUGUCUCUACCCCCCACUACACCACCGGAGAUUGAGCGAACAAAUUUGAAUUUUGCCAUACUACAACUCAAGGCGGUGUCAGAGGAGACGUUCCGCAAUUUUGAAUGGCUCGAUGAGCCCAGCGAGGAGGCAAUGCAGCAAGCGCACAUGAAUCUGUUCGGGCUGGGUGCUGUGAAUGAACGGGGGGAGAUAACGGAGGUGGGUAAGAAACUUGCUGGGAUGCCACUAGAUCCUGGUAUAGCGAGGAUGUUACUAGCUGCACAGACGCGCGAGUGCGUUGGGACGUUGCUCAGUCUCUGUGCACUACUCGCAGUAGAUUCGCCCAUUUACACAGCUACAUCUGCUUCGCAGGAGCAGGAGGAACAGCAACACACACGCGACCGCUUCGCCAGUCGCCACGGUGACCAUAUAUCCCUGCUGCAUAUCUGGGAUGCGUACAUGGAUGUCGUACAGUCUGGGAGCACUGGCGACGUGAAGGAGUGGUGUGUAGCUAACAAGCUGAGCGAGCGCACUCUGCGUAGAGCGAGGGACAUUCGCUCACAACUCUCCCACCAAUGUCUCAAAAUGGGUAUGGAUGUCAGUGUAAAUGCUCACACGCAAGAUGAUGAAACCAUCUUGCAAUGCGUACUCGAGGGCAUGUUUCAUAACGUCGCUAUUCGACAGGGUGAUGGGACUUACCGACAGAUAGUCAAUCAGGGGUUGGUCAAGAUUCACCCCACUAGCUGCCUCCUGCAGCGCAAAGCGCCGUGUAUUAUGUACAGCGAACUUACCCUCACUACGGCCACUUAUGCGCGCACUGUCUCUGCUAUUCACCCAGCUUGGCUGAGAGCCGUUGCGUUUUAUAAUCAGCGCGGGAGUAUGUAA